AUGGUUCGAUUAAAGGAACAUGACCCAUUGUAUCAGGAAGCAGUAAGCAAACUGAAUGCUUUACAAAGCAAUGCAGUAACAUUACAGAAGCUUCGAAAAAAAAGAGAACUGAUGCAAGAGGUGAAUGUGCCUGAAACACUCUUAUAUCUCAAGCUGCUUGGUAUUAAGCCUGAAGACAUCGACAGGUUGAAACCAAUUCAUGUUAGCGGCACUAAGGGUAAAGGGUCCACUUGUGCUUUUGUUGAAUGCAUUCUAAGGCAAUCAGGGUUUAAAACUGGAUUUUACAGUUCUCCACAUUUGAUGCAAGUACGAGAAAGGAUCAAGAUUAAUGGGUCAUCACUUACAGAAAGUGCGUUUGCCAGUUACUUCACGGAUGUUUACAACCAACUUAGGAUAAAUAAUGGUAUAGAUGGGACAAUGCCUGCAUAUUUCAAGUUCUUAACAUUGAUGGCAUUUUACGUAUUUAUCAGGGAAAAAGUUGAUGUUGCUGUUAUUGAAGUUGGUAUUGGUGGCGAAAAUCCUGUUGUGUGUGGUGUUACGACACUAGAUUUUGACCAUACUCGCUUGUUAGGUUCAACGCUAAAAGAGAUCGCAUGGCAGAAAGGAGGGAUUUUCAAACCCAAUUCGGUUGCAGUUGUUGCGGAUCAGAGCGAGGAAACUUUGGAAUGUGAACUGCACGUUGUUCCUCCGUUAAGCGAAUACACUUGGCCUGCCAAACCUGUUAAAAUAGGCAUUGGUGGAAUGCAUCAAAACUGGAACGUUUCUCUUGCCCUUCAGGUCGCUAGGUUGUGGUUGGAAAGAACUGGAAACAGCAGUAGUGAGUUACAAUCGAGUUGCCGUUCCGGACUGAAUCUUAACGGUUUCGCUCCUCCGGCCAGCUUUAUCAAUGGCUUACGUCUUUGCAGUUGGCCGGGAAGAAGUCAAGUGCUGAAACUCGACAAUAUAACUUACUUUAUAGAUGGUGCACACACACCGAAGAGUCUUCAAUGCUGUCUGGAGUGGUAUUUAUCAGGGCGUAACAAGACAGACCCAGUGUUUAGAAUACUGAUAUUUCACUGUACUGCUGAUAGAACUCCUGAGUCUCUACUGCCUCCUUUAAAGGACUGUGGUUUUGAUGCAGCCUUUUUCUGUCCUGCUUGUGUGCACCGAACUGUAGAUGAAAGUUCAGACCAAACCAAUUAUAAUCAAGGCUGGGCAGAACAAAUGCUGAAAGUUGAGCAUAAUGCGGUUGUCUGGAAUGAUUUUGCUAAGGACUCCUACACAGAAGAGUUUGGAUGCAUCUCAGAAGUUUUUGAUAAAAUACAGUUGUUGAGGAAAGCGCACGAUGAGGAGAUCGAAGUCUUGAUUACUGGUAGUUUGCACUUAGUUGGUGGCUGCCUCUUAGUCUUGGAUACUCUUCGUGGAGAAUCUUGCUGUGAUUAG